AUGGCUGAGCAGAACGAACAGCAGCAGCAGAAGAAAGGAAACACCCUCGGCGCCGCAACCAACACCGUCGGAAAGGGUGUCCAGGGCAUAACGGAUACAACGGGGAAUGUAGUUGCGGCUGGUGGGAAGGGGUUGGGGGAUGCGGUGACGGGGGUUACGUCUGGUGUUGGGGAGACGACGAAAGCUGCUGGCAAGUUUGUGGGGGAUACGACAGGAGCUGGGGCAAAGAGUGUGCAGGGGGAGAAGAAAUGA